UAGUUAUCGUGUCAAGUCAUCUGUCCGUCAUAAGCUGCACCUUUCGGCUAAACAAAUUUUCGUGACAAAAUUUCAUGCUUAACGAAAUUGAGUAUUCCGCCGAAAAUCCAAGUAUGGAAUGACUCGUAUGGUCCUCUUGAUGGAUAUAAAGGAAUUAAAUUUUUGUACCCGCGAUAAAGUGUUAGAUGGCUUCUCGACUCAGUCCAAGAAAUUCUGAAGUAAAUGCUUUGGAACAGCGAGGAUAUUUAAUCGGCAAAAAAAUCGGGCAGGGGUCCUAUGCCACGGUCCACUUGGCCGAGUAUGUGGACGGGUCCGGCCCGAAGCGCAUGCGACUUGCGUGCAAGAUUUUCGACAAGGAAAAGGCCCCCAAGGACUUUCUAGAAAAGUUCUUCCCGAGGGAGCUGGAGAUUUUGACCAAAAUUGAGAACCCGCACAUCGUGCAAGUGCACAGCAUCCUGCAGAGGGGCAGCAGGGUGUUCAUUUUUAUGAGGUAUGCUGAUAAUGGCGAUCUUUUGGAUUUUAUAAAGAAAAACAGCAUAAUUCCUGAGCCGCAGGCGAAAAUCUGGUUCCGCCAAAUGGCGAGCGGUUUGCAGUACCUUCACAGCAAAAACAUCGCCCAUCGUGACUUAAAGUGCGAGAAUAUUUUACUAUCGCGCCGUUUUAACGUAAAAAUCGCCGAUUUCGGUUUUGCGCGUUUUUGCGUAGACUCAGACAAUCGUCGAAUUCUGAGUCAAACCUAUUGCGGUUCUGCUGCUUACGCAGCUCCGGAAGUGGUCAACGGCACACCUUAUAAUCCGAAAUUAUCCGACGUAUGGUCCUUGGGGAUCAUCCUGUUUAUAAUGUUGAACGCUUCGAUGCCUUUCGACGACACCAACUUGCGGAAAUUGCUAAAGGACCAGAUGACGAAAAACUGGGUGUUUCGAUCGAGGGUGCGCGAUACUUUAUCAUCGACGGUUAAAUCUUUAGUGCGACAUUUGCUCGAACCGGAUCUGACUUUGCGACUGACUUUGGACAGAGUGAUGGCCCAUGAGUGGUUGAGGGUGAAGAAGGAGAGAGUUUCGCCGUUGAUUGGACGCUUGAUACAUUCGGCGCCGCAGACGCACGCCGCGGCGCCGGCGAAUGAUACUGAUGGGGGACAUGAUGAGAACGAAACGGUGGCCGGCGAUUUUCAAAAUCCCGAAAGUAAAAAAAGUAAGAUGAUGAUCAACGUGCCGGACUCACAGCUCAGGUAUUGAUUGGUUUGCGUUGGAAGCGUAGCAAAAAUUGUCGAUGGAUGCGAAUACUUUUAUGGAUUUUACAUACAAUAAAUCAUUUUUUAUACCACGUGA